UACACGACAAAAACAAGAUAUACAGAAUGAAUCUUCUCCCUCUGAUGGUUGCUUUGGGGCUUGCAGGAGCGUCUCCCCUGAACUACGACAAGGUUUGCCAGCCUCACUCCAGACCCUGGCAGGUCUAUCUGCAUGGUAGAAGUGUAUCCUGCAGUGGAGCGCUCAUUGACAAAUGGUGGCUCGUAACCUCCUUUGAUUGUACACCCAUAUCCGACAGAACCAUUGCAUCCCUUGGGGAACAUGAUGUGACUGUGGUGGAGGGCACCGAGCAGCACAUUCCGAUUGCUGAUGUGAUCCAUCACAGCCCCUACCGCUCACCACUCCACAGCCUCACGAUGGUCCGUCUGUCCAGGCCGGCCCGCUUCAACCGGUACGUUCAGCCCAUCCCUCUGCCCAGUCGCUGCCCACAGCCUGGAGAGACCUGCUAUGUCAGCGGCUGGGGCUCCACCGUCCCAAAUCAAUAUGAGCCUCCUCAACGUCUGAAGUGUAUAACUGUGCCUGUUGUGGAUGACCAGACUUGUAUGAACACAUUCCCUGAGUUCCUGUACUGGAGCAUGGGCAUGGUCUGCGCUGGUCAAGUAUACACAGAUAACUGCAUGAAUAAUGAUGGCAGUGUGAUGGUCUGCGAUGGCCAGCUGCAGGGUCUGCAGUGGUUCAGCCAUGGCUGCAGGAACCCAGCUCACCCCACUGUCUACACCAAGAUGUGCAACUACAAUGACUGGAUCAAAGAUGUGAUGGACCGUUAUGCACCCACUCUGCCAACUGAAACCACUCCAAGGAUGAUGGCAUGAUGCAGCAGAGAGACACAUUUAUUCAGA